CGGGCGUCUCUUUCUCUCUCACUUCCUCUUACCCUCUCAGCUCAGUUUUUUGAAUGCGAAACCUUUUUCCCACUCUGUCUAUCCAUCUACAUGAAAUAUCUCUGAAAAUAGAGAAUGGAUAUUAGUCUAUCAGCAAUUUCGUUGUAAACCGUGCCUGAAGGAUCGCUCAUUAAAUCUACCCACAAAAGGAAGGCUGGUGGUAGAAAGUUUUCUAAGGACAGAAAAAUACAGAACUGAUGGCAAUCGAAAGGGUGACUGAUGUCCCCUCUGAUAAUGUAUAUGCGUAUGCAUUAUCAAAAACUCUCACAAAGGUCUCAUCUCCCGUCACUGUGGGUUUGUAUUCAGAAUGUCACAACAGGAUCAACAUGGUGCUCAAGAACAUUGAGGUCCACAUGAAUCUAGAGGCGGAAAGAAGAGAACACAGGAACACUAAGGAAGUAAAGCCACGCUCAAUUAAACCCUCCAUAUGUGACCUGCUAUCUCUCAUCCUGCAUCUUCUCUUCUAUCGACCUGUGUGGACGGAGCAGAAUCAGAAGCGGAGGAAUAUUCGUUACGUGUUUGUGCGGUUCAGCGCCUGGCAUUUUGCAGGCAGUGACAUGCUCUGGGCUGGACUAGUAAUGCAGUUGUUCAAAGCUCUCCAAAAGAACUUCGGUAAGCUCCAGCUGGGCCUCUUCAGGAUUGCGCAAUACGACGAAGAGAAGGAUGCGGAGAAGAAAAAGGUUGAGGACACUCUGAAUGACUGGAGGUCCAAGAAGUUGUGCUGCAUUCCCGUUUGGGCUUUAACAUUGAUGGCAUUUAUCGGCACACUUCUCAUUCUCAUCCCGCUUAUUAUAUUUGGAUUUCCUGAUCUGAAAGACAAACCAGAAGGAGAGCAAGAUAAUGAAACACAUGCGUAUGGUGUGAUAGAGGGCUUUGCCAUUGCGAUACUAGGUGUCCCUGCAGCUGGAGCUGUAAGAUUUGUAUUCUUGUUGUUGAAGAAUCUUAUAUUCAACCAGGACCUCACGGUUAGACAAGGACUGGACAACCAGAAGGUCAGUCAGCAGCUGGGACUAAUGCAUGAAGUUCGGAAAGAGAUGAGACUGCUGUGCUGCUUCAUUCACUUCAUGGAGAUCUUUGAAAGAAGGAAGAUUAGAGUGGUGCUAGAGAUCACCAACUUAGAUCGGUGCACGCCAAAGAAAAUAGUCGGCGUUUUGGAUGCCAUCAACAUACUUCUAUCUGAUGAAGAGAGUCCUUUGAUUUCCCUGCUUGCCGUUGACCCGGAAGUGCUGGUUAGACAAGUGGACCAGGCCGAGGAUUGUUUGUGCAAAAGAAAUUCGGCGUAUGACUUUCUAGAUCGUAUAAUCACGCUGCCCUUCACUGUUCCUAAACUGUGUGAUGCAUCAAAGUGCAAAGUCUUUAAGAACAUUGUCCGUGGUCAGUCUGAGAUCCCUGAAGACUUUCCUCUUGCUUUAGGUGCCCCCGGGACCUCGAUCUCUUUAGAAGAUGAGUGUUCUGUAAAGUACGAGAAUGAGGAAGAUCAAGUGAACCCUUUGAUUGCAAAAAAGGUAAAACCUCAAACUUUUACCCCAGCAGAACUUAGUCUAGAAGAUGUUGAUAAGUCAAUCGAUUUGGCAUUUCGCCACAUCCUUUCCAGAGAUGAAAGCAGCCUUCAAACAUACAUAUCUGGUGACACCAUGUCCAUGAGAAGAGUGAUUAACUCCAUUCGAGUCACUUUUAUUAUUAUGGAGACACUGAAAUUGGAGCCUCCGGCUCCCGAGAAGAUCGCAGCCUGGGUGGUUUUGGUGGACCUCUGGCCUUGCAGACUAAGCUGGAUCCUGCAGUGUGUGGAAGAUGAUGUACAAAGAGCCGAAAUAGAUGGGCAAUGCGAAACAUUUUGUGCUCCUGAGGAGACCAAGACAUUGUGGGAGGUGUUUAAUGAAAACAGUCUUGAACUUUAUCUGCUUGGAGAUGAGGCUGAGAACUUUUUGGAAAGAGAUGGGGAUCCUGAGCUUUUUGAGAUGUUUCUGAGGAGAGACUUCAGGUUCACAGUAGGCGAGGUGAAGAGGUUUAUGUUUUGUACGGUGAACUUAAACUAUUCGAUCAAGGAUGCGCUGGCCAGAAUACGUGGGAGCCACGGUUUGAAAAGAGCAGGGAGAAAUAUGUUCAACUCCAUCGCAGCGAAAAAAGUCAUCGGCAUGAAGACAGAAGAUGUUUGUGAAGAGCUGUCUCGGCUCGACUUUCCAGAGAAAUACUUGACGACGGUAAGGGAAAAUUUCCUAGACGGUCAAACAAUCCUCCUCAGUGACCCCCGAGACCUCAGGCAGGUCCUGCAAAUGACUCUUGGUGAAUGGACAACUUUUAAAAUUCAUUUCCUCGGGGUCAUGCCUCCUAGUCGACCAGAUCUGGCACAGUCUCUUCCAAAAGCCACAAGCCCUGCAUUGGUCAUAUGUCCAUCUGGCCACGGCCAGCAUACGAUAUAAGUGACCUUGAGGUGUGCAUCUGUGCAGAGACGGUUUCAGAAAACAUUGCCGCAUCCCUAAGAAAAUAUAAUUAUUUUAUGGCAAGGCAUGCACAAGACUGUAAAUGUACACCAGUGAAUUGGAAUACCCACAGAAUGAUGACUCUUGAAAAUAAAAGAGCCUUUUUAUGCGCAAGACAUCGGCGUGCAAACAGAUGACAUUUUUGAGCUGUAUUAUUUAUAUGGGGAAUAAAAGUUUUAAGA